AAUCCCUAGAAAUUGAGAGAAAGACGGCCGGGGAAGAAAAAUGAUGAACUGGAUACGGAGCAGCGCGUCCGUCGCAAUCGAGCGGUGGAUACGGGUGACGGUGUACGACGGGAACGUCGAGAGGGCUCUCACCGUGUUGCAGCGGAAGAUGCAAUCGAGCGGGAUGGAACGGCUGAUCAAGCGGGCGCAGAUGACUCACCUGAAGAACUCGGAGAAGCGAAUUUUGGCUCACAAGAACUUGAUGCACCGUGUUGAAUCCGAGGAUCUCGCCCGCAAGCUCCAGGGCAUCCUCCAGAAAAAGAUCAGGAAACUUCUCAGUGGGGUGGGAUGA